AUGCUCUUUAAUUUGAGGAUCCUGUUGAACAAUGCAGCUUUUAGGAAUGGCCACAAUUUUAUGCUUCGAAAUUUUCGGUGUGGACAACCACUACAAAAUAAAGUACAGCUGAAGGGUCGUGACCUCCUUACUCUAAAGAACUUUACAGGAGAAGAAAUUAAAUAUAUGCUAUGGCUAUCAGCAGAUCUGAAAUUUAGGAUAAAACAGAAAGGAGAGUAUUUGCCUUUACUGCAAGGGAAAGCCUUAGGCAUGAUUUUUGAGAAAAGAAGUACUCGGACAAGAUUGUCUACAGAAACAGGCUUUGCACUUCUGGGAGGACACCCUUGUUUUCUUACCACACAAGAUAUUCAUCUGGGUGUGAAUGAAAGUCUCACAGACACAGCUCGUGUGUUGUCUAGCAUGACAGAUGCAGUGUUGGCUCGAGUGUAUAAACAAUCAGAUCUGGACAAUCUGGCUAAAGAAGCAUCCAUCCCAAUCGUCAAUGGGUUGUCAGAUUUAUACCAUCCUAUCCAGAUCCUGGCUGAUUACCUCACACUCCAGGAACACUACGGCUCUCUGAAAGGUCUUACCCUCAGCUGGAUCGGAGAUGGGAACAACAUCCUGCACUCCAUCAUGAUGAGUGCAGCGAAAUUUGGGAUGCACCUUCAGGCGGCUACUCCAAAGGGUUAUGAGCCGGAUCCUAGUAUAACCGAGUUGGCAGAGCAGUACGCCAAGGAGCAUGGUACCAAGCUGUCACUGACGAAUGAGCCAUUAGAAGCUGCGCGUGGAGGCAAUGUAUUAAUUACAGACACUUGGAUAAGCAUGGGACAAGAAGAGGAGAAGAAAAAGCGGCUCCAGGCUUUCGAAGGUUACCAGGUUACAAUGAAGACUGCUAAAGUAGCUGCAUCUGACUGGACAUUUUUACACUGCUUGCCCAGAAAGCCAGAAGAAGUGGACGAUGAAGUGUUUUAUUCUCCACGAUCAUUAGUGUUCCCAGAAGCAGAAAACAGAAAGUGGACAAUUAUGGCUGUCAUGGUGUCUCUGCUGACAGAUUACAUACCUCAGCUCCAGAAGCCAAAGUUUUGA